AUGUCUGACUUGAUUAUUGACAUACAAGGUGUUAUUUUCAAUGGUGAUGAAUUAAUAAAUGGCGCCAAAGAAUUCAUUGAUCAUUUAAUUUCCGAGAAAAAGCAUAUAUUACUCGUUUCAAAUUCAACUCGUCUUACAACAAAACAGACAUUGGCUAAACUUACAUCAGCUGGAAUCAACAUUCCAGAAUCUAAUGUAAUCACCGGCGAAAAGAUUCUUAUUAAUGCAUUAAAACAUGAAAAUGUCAAACACAUAUUAUUAUUAGGUACAGAUGAGCUUUGCGCUGAAGUAUUAGCAGCAGGCAUCCAAGUUGAUAAGAGCACAGCUCUUCCUUCAUCUCAUUCCGAACUUUAUAAACUCAAUGACAAAGUUGAUGCAGUUGUCGUUGCAGAAGACCUUUCAUACAAUUAUGCACAUGCUUCUAUUGUUGCACGCUACGUAUUAGAGAACAAAGCUAAGUUCUUCUGUUUAGGAUUCGAUAGAAUCUUUCCAGGAGGCGGAAAGAACUUCAUUCCAGGCGCUCUUACAUUAUCUGCCCCAGCAGAAACAGCAUCAUACGUUGCUCCAGCUAUAAUUGGAAAGCCAAACGUUGAUUCUUUCAUUAAUUUGAUUCCAAACCACAAAACAACUAAAUAUGUUGUUAUUGGUGAUAAUACAGAGACUGAUAUUGCAUUUGCCAAUAAGUUAGGAUGGAAAUCUGUCUUAGUUUACUCAGGAGUUACAUCUAAAUCAGAUUCUGUCAAAGAAGAGAACAAACCAACACUUGCUGUUGAUAAUUUAUCAGAAUUGACAACCAAAUUGGCUACUUUAUAA